GUGUGGGCGAAGGGCGUGGUUUGCGAGCCCCCACGAGUCUCGAGUCAUAAGGGGACUGCUUCUUAGUCCCUACAUACGUCUGCUGCAACACCAUCACAGCCUCUACCAUGCUCGCCCAGAAAUGCGCCAUUUUCCUCCCUGUCGCUGCACUUGCUGUAAUCUGGACACCUGUCUGGUCCGCUGUGACGGGAUCUGUCGGCUACUGCUCGCCCACGGUGGGAGAUCGCAACUGUACCGAGGCCACCGACGCGCAUGACCUCAUCGGCUAUCCUAAAGGGGGAAAGGUCAACACAGGACAGACAUGCUACGCCUUUCGUCCGAAAGUCUUGGUGUCGAAGAUCUGCGAGAAUGAGGGGUGCAUUGGAAAGGGCAAGUGUGCCGACAUCAAUUCAGGCGAUGGGUCUUGCAUCUACUUUACUAAUCCAGCCGAUGCGCCUAUCAAGUGCCUCGUCACGGCCUCAGGCCAGAUUGACCUAGAGUAACCGUCGCGACGAACGCGACGCGGUUCAAACGUCCAAAAGCAACCGGUGAAGAACAACAUGGUAUCAUUGUCGACUACAUACGUCUUGAUGUCUUUCCCUACUCUGAGAUAUGGUAUAUUCAACUACAAUCUCUUGACUCCCCGCUUGACACCAGUCGCGCUUUUCUUGACUGCGGUCGUCUUACUGACAGGAGCUGAUGGCGGAGGCGCAGCGGUAUUGAGGCUGCUCUGUCCAAGAGGGAGUACAGCUGCUGCUACCUCUACACCUGAUGCUGAUGCUGGUGCUGAUG